UUUCUUUUUCCCGUAUUGGAUUCAGAAAAGUAAGAGAGAAGCUAACCUGUAGCGAUCACUUUAAGAUGAUACAUCAAUGCUCAUUUCUUUCCUGAGUGCUUUCAAGGGAGAAGCUCACUGAUAAAGCACAUCAUGAAAGCUGGAUUUUUUCUUGUUUUAUUUCAACUAUGUGCCAAGAUGUGCUUAUCAAAUGGAACAGCUGGAGUUUUGAGUGAAAACCUCUGGCCUCUCAAUGACACAGACGAACAAUAUCCACAUAAUACUAUGCUAGAUCCACCUGAAGAAAACUUUACACCAGCAUUCUCCAUGCAUAAUUUCACCGAAAAAAUCAACAAUUUUGGAUUCAAUCUCUACAGGAAAAUAGCACUGAAGCAUGACAACAAUGUCUUCUUCUCUCCGUUGUCACUGUCUUUUACUUUGGCGGCCUUCUUGCUGGCUUCCAGUGGGGAAACACACAACCAAAUAGUUCAGUCUCUAAAUCUCCAUCUUCUGAAUGGAAGAGCGAACCAGCUUCCGGCUUUGUUCCAGCAGAUGAGGGUCAACAUCACGAAGAACGAAGAGUUCACUCUUUUGCAAAACAGCUUCUCUUUCAUCCAGAAAGACUUCCAGAUCAAGGACAUCUUCCUCAACUUGUCCAAGCAAUACUUCGACAUGGAUUUUCUGACAGUUGAUUUCUCCAACUCUACUUUCGCAAAAAACCUUGUCAACGAGCACAUUAAACAAAAGACAAGAGGGAAAAUCCCAACGUUGUUUGACGCAUUUGAUCAGAAUGCGAAAAUCAUUCUGGUGAAUUACAUUCUAUUUAGAGGCAGAUGGCUACACCCAUUUUCUACCAAGUUCACAGAAGUGGAAACUUUCUAUAUAGACAAUUACAAGACCAUCCAAGUGCCAACAAUGUUCAAGACAGAGGAGAUUGCCUUCACUAUAGAUAAAAACUUGCAGUGCAUCGUGCUCAAGCUUCCGUACAAAGGGAGUGCGCACAUUCUCGUUGUCAUGCCGGAGAAGGGGGCAGAUUAUAUGUCCAUUGAAGACCAUUUAACCAGUGAACUUGUGGAAUCUUGGCUUAAAAUCAUGGUGACCAGGAAAACGGACAUUUACUUUCCAAAGUUCAAACUAGAUCAGACUUAUCACAUGAAUCACUUGCUUCAAGAUCUGGGAAUUAAAGAUCUUUUCUCUUACAAAGCAGACCUGAGCCACCUGACAGAUCAGAGAUAUGCAAAAAUAUCACAGAUUCUCCAAAGGGCUGUUAUUGAAGUAGAUGAGAGAGGAACUGAAGCUGCAGCAGUCAGUGGAUCAGAAAUCAUGGCAUAUGCGUUGCCUCGGGUCAUCCGGGUGAAUCGGCCAUUCCUUUUUAUGAUCUAUGAAGAGACUCUAAAGGUUUUGCUGUUUGCAGGCAGAGUUAUCAACCCUAUGGAGCUGUGAAUAAAAGCUAAGCAUUUCUA